CUUGAAAUUUGAUCGUGGCCCAGGAGCACGAAUUCAAGAAUCUCUCUUUUGACUCCCGUGUAGUCCGUUCGGGUGGGCAUCCGAGCGCCUCGAAGAUCAACGGCGGAGCCACCUCCGAGCUCGGCAGGACUAAGCUUUAUUGCUGCUCUUCUGGGUGUGGCUGCUUCGAUGGGUCUAACGGGUUGCUGCGUGUGAGCCUGGUUUUUGCUGUACUGGGUCGUCCUCUCUUGCUAUGCUCGUGAUUCGAGAUCUCGUCGAUCUCUGUGGAUUCUUUGAAGAUCUGGGUUUUCGGGUGUCCUUAGAAUUGGAUUAGAAAUUGAGGCUUCGAGGUAUUCCUGCUAGAUUUGUGUUACAUGGUAUUCUAAUGGCGUGUGGAUCUUCACCCAGUAACUGCGAGAUGCUUCCGCUGAGUCGGUAGAUUUGGGGCUCUUCAAGUCUUAGCUUUUGUCGAUGCUGUUCGAGAUGCCUUGGGGCUUCGCGAUUUGUCGGAUGGUGUUUCGCUAGAGGUUUCGAUUAGUCGAUCGUCUGUUCUACUUGGAGGGGUUAGGGUUUUCGUUUAUUGAUAGAUGUGGAAGCAGAAAAUGGGUGAGAAGUUUUGGGCUAACGAAGAUGACAAGGUGGUGGUUGAGUCCGUGGUGGGUAGCGAGGCGUGCGAGCUUUUGAUAUCUUCUGGAAAUGCUGCGUCUGAUGUUACGUUGCCUGGUGAUUUGGGUGUGCAACAGGGGCUAGCUCAGCUUGUAGAGGGGUCUAAUUGGAAUUAUGCUGUUUUCUGGCGCGCCGCAAGCUUACGAACUGGCGGAAUCGCCUUAAUUUGGGGCGACGGACAUUGCCGUGACCCAAAGGUUGGCGCAGCUGAAGAUGGAAGCUCCCACCAAAAUGUCAAAUCAGAUAGAGUUGAGAAAAAGGAGGAACUGAACAAGUUGGUGUUGCAGAAGCUUCAUAGCAGUUUUGGUGGGUCUGCGGAUGAUAAUUUUGCUUCAAGGUUAGAUGGAGUCUCAGAUGUAGAGAUGCUUUAUCUGUCCUCAAUGUACUUUUCUUUUCAGUCUGAUUCUGCGUAUGGUCCUAUGGGAUCUUUGAAGUCCAAUAGAGUAAUUUGGGCUUCGGAUGCACCGACUUGUUUGGAUCAUUAUCAAUCGAGGUCAUUCCUUGCAAAGUCAGCUAGCUUUAAGACGGUGGCAUUUGUGCCUUGGAAGAAUGGUGUUGUGGAGCUUGGUUCUGUCAAAGCAAUUCCAGAAGAACAAAAUAUUGUAGAGAUGGUGAGGACAUUGUUGGGAGGUCCUGCUUCUAACAAAACGAAGGUGCUUCCGAAAAUUUUUGGGCAGGAACUGACUUUAGGCGGUGUAAAAUCUCAAUCAGUGACCAUCAACUUCUCCCCCAAGGUGGAAGAUGAUUCCAUGUUCACUUCAGAAACGUUUGACGCACAGAGGGUUGAUUCGAAUCAAUUUCAUGGGGGUACAUCAAAUGGAUAUCCUAGUGACAAUGAGGGAAAACUGUUUUCGCAUCCAAACCAAAUUGUCAUUGGGGGUUUCAGUCCUCAGACAAGAAUUUCUGGCUUGGAGCAACACAAGGAUGAGUCAUCUCACCAUGCUGAUGACCGAAAGCCACGGAAAAGAGGAAGGAAGCCUGCUAAUGGGAGAGAAGAGCCGCUCAAUCAUGUGGAGGCAGAACGCCAGAGGCGAGAGAAGCUUAAUCAGCGGUUUUAUGCAUUGAGAGCUGUCGUUCCCAACAUCUCCAAGAUGGACAAGGCAUCGCUCCUCGGUGAUGCCAUUACAUAUAUCAAUGAUCUCCAGAUGAAAAUCAAGGUCCUUGAAACUGAGCAGGAUAUGGUUAACAAUAAGCAUAAACCGCAGCUAGUGCCCGAUUUUGAUGUUCAGAUGAGACAUGAGGAUGCAGUUGUGACAGUGAGUUGUCCCUUGGAUGCUCAUCCAGCUUCCGAAGUCAUAAAAACUUUGAGAAAUCAUCAGGUUGCUUCAGAAUGUGAUGUCUCCAUGAAGGAUGGUAACGAAGUGAUGCAUACAUUCUCCAUCAGGACUCAAGUUGGCGGCGCCGAGCAACUGAAAGAGAAGCUUGUGGCUGCUCUUUCAAAGUAAUCUCAACUUCUUAAAUCCAUGCGUGAGGUGAAUCUCGCCACCUGCCCUGGAUUCGUUUGUGAGAUAUUUGAGUGAUGUAGGUUGUUGACUAGUAAAUUUAGAUGCAUUUCUUGACAUGUAACUGUUUGUAUUCAUAUAUAAAUUGUUGGACAAGCUUGUUAAGGUCGAGAUGUGACAGAGUGUCCUGCUAAUGUGCCUACAGUAUGUUGGUGCGGAAGAAUAAAGGACGACUUCAAUUGUAGUGUUUGAA